CCGGAUGGUGCCAGCCUGGGUGGGGGGAUGAGCCCCUCCCGGCGCCCGAGCCGGCACCCCUGUUGUAUGGGGCGGGAGUCCAUCCGGGAGGGUCUGGCGGGCCCACGUUUCCUUAGUGAGCCCCAGAGAGGGCGAGGGGGGCCCCGUUUGCCUGCUGCCCGGGGGCGUUCCCGGGCUGGCCAUGGGGGCGUCGGGGCUCCCCUCGGCCGUGCUUGACUGCGCGCCUCUCCCCAGAUUCGCCCGUCCAUGCAUCACCCUGAGGCGGCCCAGAAUGAAGAAGGCGAGCAGGACGUCCAUCUCAGCGCCCAAAGUGCCGGGGACGGCUAAGAGCAAGCCGGACAGCCCGAAGGCAGCCAGGCUCUCCAAGCCCACCUCUGCCCUGUUGACCAAGGCCAAAAGCAACGACGACCUCCUGGCUGGCAUGGCUGGCGGGGCUCUGGGGACGAACAGCAUGAAAGGGAAGAAGACGUGUCCGGCGGCGGCCUCCACCUCGAGCAUCGCUGUCGUGAGUGCCGUGGACAGCAAGACCAAGUCCAGCCCAGGGGCAAACUCCAAAAGAACCCCAUCUGUGGCGAGCAGAGACGUGGGCUCCGGCUGCUCCCGGGAGCGGUUGCGGGAACGGUCCCGGCCGAGCCUGGGCAGGAGGGUGCCGGCAGCGGGUCAGAGCCCCAGCGACCCCACCGUGGCCUCAACCAAGCGCUCGCGCAGCCGCGGAGGCAGGGACACAGACAUGCGCAUGAGCAAGUCCAAGUCUGACAACCAGAUCAGUGACCGGGUGGCCCUGGAGACCAAGGUGCAGGAGCUGCUGCGGCUGGCUCACGCCAAGGACGAGGAGAUCGUCCACCUGCGUGACCAGCUACACGCCUUGCGGGUGCGGCUGGGGCUGCCCGAGGACGAGCUGCCCGAGGGCGUGUUGCCACCGGACCGGGACGCCGACGUCCACCAGAAGCUGGUCCGGCUGAAGAGCGAGAACCGCAUGCUCCGGGACCGGCUGGACGCCUUGGGCUUCUCACCAGAGGACAGGCCCUCACCCGUGGCGGCCGCGGGCAGCAGCCCCAGCGACGGGGGCGGGGGAGCACUGGGCUCCUCGGCCGAGGGCUCGGCCCUGGGCUCCCUGGAGGACCUGCUAGGCCCGGACGAGCAGGCACCUGUGGAUACCCUGGGCGGCAGCAGCGGCUGUGAGGGCAGCAGCGAGGACGCCCCGGAGGGGCCGGGGCCCUGGUGCUCGCCAUCGCCGCCCGCCGAGGCCGUGUCGGCCGUGGCCUGCCUGACGGAGCGCCUGCAGCAGAUGGAGGAGAACCAGCACAGCACGUCGGAGGAGCUGCAGGCCACGCUGCAGGAACUGGCCGACCUGCAGCAGAUCUCGCAGGAACUGGGCGGCGAGAACGAGCGGCUGGGCGAGGAGCGGCUGCUGCUGCUGCAGUCGCUGGGCCAGCAGAGCGAGCGCCUCGAGCUCCUGGGCCGCCAGCUGGAGUACCUGCGCUCGCUGCUCGACGAGCACCAUGUGGCCUACGUGUUGGACGAGGACGUGCGCAGCGGCCGCUACCUGGAACUGGAGCAGCGCUUCCUGGAGCUGGCCGAGAGCGCGCGCUUUGAGCGGGAGCAGCUACUGGGCGUGCAGCAGCACCUUAGCGCCGCCCUGCACCUGGCUGAGCAGGACGCCCAGGACGGGCAGGAGCUCAUCCGAGCCCUCAAGGAGCGCAACCUGCACAUGGAGCGAGCCCUGGAGGCCGAGCAGAAGAGCGCCGCCUCCCUGGCGGCCGCCCUGGAACAGCAGCAGGCCACCGUGGCCAGCGACCAGCUCGAGCUGGGCCGCCUGCGUGCCCAGCUCGAGAGCGAAAAGCAGCGGGUGGCCGAGCUCUACUCCCUCCACAGCGCUGGGGACAAGUCUGACAUCCAGGACCUUCUGGACAGCGUGCGUCAGGAGAAGGACAAGGCCGAGGCCCUGGCCAGCGGCCUGCAGGAGGACCUGACCCACGCCCGUGCCGACGUCACCCGGCUGCAGGACGCCAUCGCCAAGGUCCAGGAAGAAUCGCGAGGUUUCCAAGAGGAGGCCCAGAAAAAGAUGGGCGAGCUGAACGUCCAGUUAGAGAAAUUGCGGUCCGAGCUCGAGGAGAAAGAGACGGAGCGAGGAGACAUGAAGGAGACCAUCUUCGAGCUGGAGGACGAGGUGGAGCAGCACCGCGCCGUGAAGCUGCACGACAAUCUCGUCAUCUCGGACUUGGAGAACACCGUCAAGAAGCUCCAGGACCAGAAGCACGACAUGGACCGAGAAGUCAAGACCCUUCACCGAAGGCUGCGGGAGGAGUCGGCCGAGUGGAGGCAGUUUCAGGCCGACCUGCAGACCGCCGUGGUCAUAGCGAACGACAUCAAGUCCGAGGCCCAGGAAGAAGUCGGGGACCUGAAGCGGCGGCUCCAGGAGGCGCAGGAGAAGAACGAGAAGCUCUCCAAGGAGCUGGAGGAGAUCAAGGCCAGGAAGGGGGAGACCGAGGCAGACGGGCAGCGGGGCGCCUCGUCUUUUUAUCGAGCCAGUGGUCAGGCAUCUGCCCAGCGCCUCGUCACUGUGUGCCAGGCACCGUGCCAAGUUAUGCCCUCGGAGAGCUUAUCCAAGGGGAAGGCGACCCCUCUCGCCCCCACAUCUCCUGCGCAGGAGGAGGAGCGGGGCCGGGUGUACAACUACAUGAACACGGUGGAGAGAGAUCUGGCCGCCCUGCGGCAGGGCAUGGGCCUGAGCAGACGGUCGUCGGCGUCCUCCGAGCCCACCCCGACGGUCAAGACCCUCAUCAAGUCCUUCGACAGCGCGUCGUCCCCCCAAGUGACGGCCUCGGCCCAGGCCGCCGCGAUGCCUCGAACCCCGCUGAGCCCGAGCCCCAUGAAGACGCCCCCGGCAGCCGCCGUCUCCCCGAUGCAGAGACACUCCAUCGGGGGCGCCUUGUCCUCCACCAAGUCGCUGACCACCCUGUCCGACAAGAGGCCCGGCUAUGGGGAUCUCCCCUGCCAAGAGCGUUUGUUGCGGGCCGGCUCGGUCAGCAGGCCGGCGCCGUUGCUGAGAGUCCCGGCCAUGGAGGGCGCCAAACCCAUCUCAGCACCUUCUCGUCGGAGCAGUGAGGACGUCAAGCGGGACAUGACGGCGUCGGACGGCCCGGCGGCGGCCUCCCUCAUGGCCAUGGGGCCCGCCUCCCCGCAGCUCCCGCACCCCUCCCCGACCGCGUCCGUCACCCCCACGGCCCGGAGCCGGAUCAGGGAGGAAAGGAAGGACCCGCUGUCGGCCCUGGCCCGAGAGUACGGAGGCUCCAAGAGGAACGCCCUGCUGAAGUGGUGCCAGAAGAAGACGGAAGGCUACCAGAACAUCGACAUCACCAACUUCAGCAGCAGCUGGAACGACGGGCUGGCCUUCUGCGCCCUCCUGCACACCUACCUGCCGGCCCACAUCCCCUACCAGGAGCUGAGCAGCCAGGACAAGAAAAGGAAUUUCUCCCUGGCCUUCCAGGCGGCCGAGAGCGUGGGCAUAAAAUCCACUCUGAACAUCUGCGAGAUGGCGCGGACCGAGCGGCCGGACUGGCAGAGCGUCAUGCAGUACGUGACGGCGAUCUACAAGUACUUUGAAACUUGAGGCCCGGCUGGCUGGCCCAGAGCCCCCCCGGGGUCCGCCGAGGCCCCGGACACGCGCGUGCCUUCGCCCAGACGUCGCUCCGCGCCCGCCCGCCUCCCCUGGCAGGGCCGCCCCGGAAAUAAACUCGUGAGACGAACGA